AUGAUUCCAUACAUAGGUAAAGGGGAAAUAUGCGUUGAAAAGAAACUGCUAAUAUAUGUCAAGUAUAUAUCAACACAACAGACGUAUCAAGCUUUGGCAGAUAUAUUUGGGGUAUGCGAGUAUUCUGUUCACAAAAGCAUUCAUGAAAUUUCAGAGAAAAUUUGUAAACACUUGCUACCAGAUUUAGUGAAAUGGCCAGAGAAACGGACAGCUGAUAGAACUGUAGAUGGAUUCCAGGAAAUCAAUGGUUUUCCAGGUGUCAUUGGAGCGAUUGAUGGAAGUCAUAUCCCUAUCCGCACCCCAACAGAAUUCCCAGAAAACUAUAUUCACAGAAAAGGUUACCCUCCUUGA